AUGGAAGUUACGACACGUUUAACAAGUGAACAUUCGAUUAAAUUAUUUAUUCAGCGAGAUUAUUCGGAGGGCACAGCUGUUAAAUUUCAAGAACGUUUUCCGGCAGAACUUGAAGGAAAAAUUGAUCGAGGAAAAUUUGUGGAUAUUAUACGUCACGUGAAUUCAAUUUAUGCCGAAGCUGAAUCUCUAUCUUGUAAAGCAUUUAUGGAAAAUUGUUGUGCUUGCUUAACAGGCUAUUUACUAUUACUUUGUAUGCCAACACAUUAUGAGAAGUGUGUUAGACGUGCUGCACAAUACAUAUCAGAAGAGAAUGAUCGCACUCUCACUCAGAAUGGAAUAUUUAUGAUUGAUCCAAUGGAAAAAGGACUUCGCUGUAUUGAAGUAUGUAUUUCAAGUAAUCGUUGA